AAUUUUAAUAAAAUUAACGAAGAAACAAGCACAUUUUUAAUAAAAUCGUGUUCAUAAUUUUGUUAAUUAAAAUGUUAAUUCCAUUUUAUUUAGAAAAAAAACUUUUUCGCGUUUCACAAAUAAAUUUUCCAGGUUCCGAGAUAAACAAAAAAUACGAAAAAAUUUCAUUAUAUAUUUUAGUCACAAAUAGUUUAAUAACUUUUUUUUAGAGAAAUCAUGUUAAUAGCAUUCUUAGUUAUCCUUGAGGUGUUCCUAUUUUGCGCCUCAAUUUUCCGCUGUAGAUAGUACUUUGGAAACGACACAACUAGGAGAGCUUAACCAAAAAUUUACUUUUGAAUUUCUAAAAUCUCUUCAAGACCAAAAUGCUGGCCACAAAAAUGAUAUUCCUAUAACGAAUCAAAAGAAUGUGAUAUUUUCACCUUUUAACAUUGGUCGUGCACUGACAGUUUUAAUGUUGGUGGUUGGAGGCCAAACGUUUACUGAGUUGUAUAACACUCUACAUUAUGGAGACAUACUUCAGGAAUCCUCUGGAAUAACUGCUAAAAAUCAGGAAAUUCUACAUUCCGCUGUCCACAAAGUUACUCAAACUCUCAAAAGCUACGAAAACGUAACCAUAGAGAUAUCUAACGGAAUAUAUCCGGAUGAAAAAUUUAAAGUUGAUCCAAUAUUUGUUCAAAAAGUGUCUAAAUACUAUGAAACGCGUGUGCGAACUCUAAAUUACGAAUCUCAAGCUGAUGCAGCUGUUGUGACAAUCAAUUCUGAUGUUUCCAAGUUUAAUCAAGAAUUUAUUACCUCCUGGAUCUCUUGAUUCAGGCACGAAAGUUGUCUUGGUUGAUACUAUCUACUUUAAAAGUAAUUGGGGAAUUCCUUUUAAACCAAAACUCACUUCUGUAAAGACUUUCACGAGAGAUGACGGAAACCUCGAAGAGGUAAAAAUGAUGUUCGGUGCUAAUGAGGCUCAAUAUGGUGAAACGCAACUAAAGAAAAUUGGAAGCAAACCAAGUUCCAUCCCGGAUCAAAAGAUCAAAAUUCUCGGAAUUCAAUAUGCCAAUCCCAAUUUGGCCAUGUUCUUUGUGCUUCCCGAACAGAAAGGAUUGCCAAAUUUGAUCAAAGUGCUGCUGUCUUUUAAAACCUUAGCUACACUAAUAAAAACGGCGAAGGAAACCUUGGUAGAUAUUACUUUGCCAAUAUUUAAAACGAGCUACGAUGUCAGUCUUCCUGAGACCCUAAAGAACCUGGGUCUUAGAAAUAUAUUCGAAGGAUCAGCUGAUUUUUCCGGCUUAACAAAAUCCGAUAAAUCUUCCGGAUUGUGCAUUAGCGAAAUAUUACACAAGGCGGUUAUUGAAGUUAACGAAAAAGGGACAGAGGCGGCAGCUGCCACUGGUGUGGUUAUGAGGAAUGGUCUAUCGGCAGUAAAUCUAGGAAAAGGUAAUGAUGAUUUAAAUCCUAUAACCACACCAGUGCUAGCUGCUGCCUUGGUCCCUUUUUCGUUAACUUCAAUAACCGCCUUGUGA